AUGUCGCAGAAUUACCACGAGGCAAGACCUCAACCAAUUCCACCUCUGAAUCAGAGUCAGUCAGAGCAGAAUGGCAAUAUUCAAAUUGGUGGGCCAAACUCGGCUCCUGCGACAUAUGAACAACAACCAGCUCACCAUCACCACCAUCACCAUCAUCACCAUCAUCAUCACAAUGAAGAGGAUGAUGAUGGCAUGGUGCCCUUGCAAAGAACAACACGAGUGCAAGAACAACCAGUGCACGCAAAUAGAAUUGGAAAAUAUCAGAUUGUUAAAACUCUUGGAGAAGGUUCAUUCGGUAAGGUCAAACUAGCAUAUCAUACAACUACUGGUCAGAGAGUUGCACUUAAAAUUAUCAACAGGAAAACGUUAGCAAAAUCAGAUAUGCAAGGGAGAGUCGAGAGGGAGAUCAUGUAUCUUCGGUUGCUUAAUCAUCCUCAUAUUAUUAAGCUGUAUGAUGUUAUUGAAUCUAAAGAUGAAAUCAUUAUGGUUAUAGAUUAUGCCGGAAACGAACUUUUUGAAUACAUUGUUCAACAUGGAAGGCUGAGCGAAGCUGAAGCUCGUCGGUUCUUCCAGCAGAUUAUAGCAGCGGUUGACUAUUGUCAUCGCCAUAAAAUUGUUCACAGGGAUUUGAAGCCGGAGAACUUGCUUCUUGAUGAACAUUUAAACAUUAAGAUCGCUGAUUUUGGUCUUAGUAAUAUCAUGAGCGACGGUAAUUUUUUGAAGACAAGCUGUGGAUCACCCAAUUAUGCUGCACCAGAGGUUAUAUCAGGUAAAUUAUAUGCUGGACCGGAGGUUGACGUUUGGUCUUGUGGUGUGAUUCUUUAUGUUAUGCUUUGUGGAAGACUUCCAUUUGAUGAUGAACUUAUUCCGGCAUUGUUCAAAAAGAUAUCCAAUGGUGUUUAUACCAUUCCACAUGAUCUGUCACCUGGUGCCAAGCAUUUGUUAACCAGAAUGUUGGUUGUUAAUCCUUUGAACCGUAUCACCGUUAAAGAGAUUAUGGAUGAUCCAUGGUUCAAGGUUGACUUCCCAGACUAUUUGAAGCCAAAGGACGAUAGUACGCCCAAGGACGUUAAGGGAAAAGGUGUUGAUGAGGAUGUUGUAAGUGCGCUUUCUUCUGCGAUGGGCUAUAGUCGCCAGGAAAUAUUGGAUGCAAUCAAAGCUGGAAGAAAACCUGAGACAGAGGAAAUUCUUGAUUCUUAUGAACUUAUGCGCAAUAAUAGAGUGUUGGUUGAUGAUAUAAAGAAGCAAGCUAAGGAUGGUAAUGGAGUACCAACGCAACAAGCCUUAGCACAACAGAAGUUACAGCAAAUUAAAACGCCUUCAGAAGGAGCAGUUUCAGAGCAAAAAGCAUGGCGUACUCCUACGCAGCCUGGAAGUGUCGUUACGUCAAGUUAUGUUCCUCAAUCAAAUAUUGCUGUUCUUCCAUCCUCAUUGCCGCAAAUACACAGAGCUUACAUGGUGCAGAUGCAUCCCGAGUUGUCAUCUGUGAUGCCAGUUUCGGCAAAGAAAUCAAGAACAAGAUGGCACUUUGGUAUACGGUCGAGAUCGUAUCCUUUGGAUGUUAUGGGUGAAAUCUACAGAGCCUUAAAAAAUCUUGGUGCAGAAUGGCAAAAACCUUCGGAAGAGGAUCUAUGGACUAUCAAGGUUCGUUGGAGAUACUAUCCAAAUGAUUUGGCAAUUGAUAAUGGAAAAUCGCAAAGCCCAGAUAAUUCUAAAGGUAUUCCAGAUAUGAUGAGACUGCAGAUCCAACUGUUUCAACUUGAGCCAAAUAAUUAUCUCGUGGAUUUCAAAUUUGAUGGAUGGGAUAAUAUAGAUGGAAACGAAGUCGAAAAUCUCGGUCUUCCAGUCGAUGAUGAAGUUUCGUCUUUUAGUGCAUAUCCUUUCCUUCAUUUAUGUACCAGAUUGAUUAUGGAGUUAGCGGUUAAUAGCCAGGGCUAG